AUGCUGGCCCGCAAGUCGUCGGACCCAACAGGCCUCGUGACGUCGCCGCGGCGCCGACGGGUUCCGCGAAGCAGCAAGCGAGCGCUCUUCUCCCCCGAGACGCCCACCGCGUUGAAGCGCGGCUCGGACCUCGAGAUCGAGAAUGAGCAUGGCCCGGCGCGCAAGACGCCGCGUCGGCUUGUGCUAUUCAAUAGCGAUGAACAAGCAAGUCCUUUGCAUCCCAAGUUUGCUCGCUGCAACUCUGCGCCGGUGCUGCACGGCCUCCCAUUCACGACGUACGAGCCGAUGCUGCCAACGAUCCGGUCGUCGCAGCACCCGGACCUGCACGUCAUUUCGCCAACCACCGCGCUCGAGGUAUUGCAAGGCGUGCUUCCAGCGUCGCUGCAAGGCGCUCGCUUCUUCGACUGCCGCUUCACGUACGAAUACGAGGGCGGGCGUCUUCGAGGCGCCACGUCAUUGCCAUCGCCAGACGACAUUGAACAACACUUUUUCGCGCCGUCGCUCGAGCAAUCCACGACGACUGCGCUCAUCUUUUACUGCGAGUUUUCAGCCAAACGAGCGCCCGACAUGAUGCGGCACAUUCGCCGCCGCGACCGCUGCCUCCAUGCCGCCACGUACCCAGAACUUCUGUACCCGGAAAUGUACUUGAUCGACGGAGGCUACAAGCACUGCUUCGAGUCGACACGGGCGGCGUGCGACCCGCCCACGUACACGUCGAUGAACGACCCUGCGCACGCCGAAAGAGGCAAGGCGGCGAUGCAGCUCCUGCGCCAACGCUGGAAGGCCCACCAACCCGUAGGAUAG